UUUUAAGACUUUGAUUUGACCAACAAUAUAUAGGCUAUAAAUAUUUCAUUCAGAAUUUUCCUACUUGAAUCUAAAAACGUGUUUUUAUUAAUUGCCUGAACUACAUCGGGCUUCGCCUCCUGGCAGUGGGAAUAAACAGUUUAAGAGAUUUGAUCGGCUCAUGUGAGAUUACAGCACUGCGCAUCCAGGUCCUUUGAUUACUCUGAGCAGUUGCUGAAUUGCUGAAUCAAUUCACUCAGAGCGCAUAAACAGGUUGAAAGGUCUUGGCUCUGCUUUGGUUAUUUGUCUUACUUGCAGUCAAUUAAUCAGUCAUCAGUAACUUCAGAAGAGCAAAGGUUGUUUCACUGGAAUGUGUGUGCAACUCUUCCUGCUUUUGUGCACAGCAGGGGAUUUUUUAUCAUUGUUUUUUUUUUCUUUUUCUUUUUGCCCUUUGUGACAAUGUUUGUGGAGAGAUAAUUUUGCCGUUCAAAGCAGAGACAGUCAAAGGGUCAGAUGUGAGUGACAAAGAGAUGAACUGAGUGGAAACUCUGGAACAUUGACUUAAAGUAAAAAGGUCAGCUUUGCGCACACACAAAAAAGCAAAAGUAUUUUAUUAGCAGAAGAGCAGCAUGUGACUGAGUGUGUGAAAUAAACAUUACUUUUAUUAAUUUACCAUGGUCUGCCUUUCCACAAAGUUUUUUAAUUGCAAUAUUUCUUUUUUGUGUGUCAAUAUUACAAAAUUGACAAAAAAUUUAAAUAUUUUAAAUAUUGAAAAUGAUGUCAUCACUCCACCUAACUCACAAACACUUUCUUUGGUGCACCUUCAAACUCCUGCGUAAUGUUCGAGCUGGUCUAAACAUUCCCAACGCUGCUUUCGCUUGCAUCUUAAGAGGUAACGAGUUGCCAGUGCCAGCAUUAGUGAAAAGAUCCUUUAUGUUUCCAACUCAGACUGCACUUGUUUCUCUUUCUUUUUUCUGCUUUUCUGAUGUCACUCCAACUGAGGACACCCCUAGAGUAAACGCCAUCAAAUAACACAUAAGUGUUUGCUGGAACAUGCUCCUCCAGGGCGGCUCAGCAGUAGAUGGCGCCAUUGCAGCUCUCCUCUGCACAUCUGUGGUCAACCCUCAGAGCAUGGGGAUUGGAGGAGGCUCGAUAGUGGUUGUCAGAAAUAAAACAGGUAAUGUUAAAGUUUACAACUUCAGAGAGUCAACCCCAAAGUCAUACAAACCUACUCUGUUAAAAGACUGUCCCACUACAUUCAGACUGUCCACAGGAAGUCAGUGGAUUGGCGUUCCGGGGGAGCUGCUGGGCUACGACGUCCUCCACAGAGAGUACGGGAAGUUGUCCUGGGCCAAACUGUUUGAGCCGACCAUUAAACUGGCCAGGGAAGGAAUCCCCAUGCCGCCGUACCUGGCACGCUUUAUGGAAUACAAGAUGGUGAAGCCGCAUGUGGAAACGUCAUCUCUGUGUGAAGUAUUUUGCAACAAGAACAAAACGAUCCUGAGAAAGGGCGACACCCUGCAGUUUUCUAAACUUGCAGAGACCUUGGAAAUUGUUGCAAAGGAAGGAGUAAAAGCCUUUUACACUGGCAGGAUUGGACGUGACUUAAUCCAAGACAUAAAACACGCAGGUGGAACAUUAACGAUGGACGAUCUGAAGUCUUACAGUGUGCGGGUGAGCAGUCCAUGGACAGUUUCUCUGGGAAAUCAUAAGAUGCACAUCGCUCCACCGCCUGCUGGGGGGGCGCUUCUAGCUUUCAUUCUCAGAAUCAUGAAAGGGUUCUCGUUGACUCCAGACUCUCUGGUUGGAGAAAAAAAGAUUCAGAUGUACCAUCGUUACAUAGAGGCAGCUAAAUUUGCAAACGGACAAAAGAGGAACAUUCGAGAUCCUGCCUACAGUAGCGGCAAGACUGCUGAUCACUUAAUUGAUCCUUCGUUCAUUGAUCGCAUAGCGAGGCUGAUCUCAUCAAAUAGCACACACGAUAACUCCUAUUAUCUUAACCGCAAGCCUUCGCCUGAUAACUUUGGAACAACUCAUGUUUCUGCCAUUGAUGCGGACGGACUCGCAGUCUCAGCCACUAGCACCAUAAACCAGCUGUUUGGAGGAGCGGUUUACUCUCCACGAACGGGGAUCAUCCUCAACAACGAGCUCGCUGACUUUUGUGGGAGAGUAGAUUCAAUAAGAGGAGGUGAACAGCCGCCCUCCUCGAUGACUCCUGUUAUACUGGAGAAAGAAUCUGGAGGGAUUCUUGUGAUGGGAGGGUCAGGAGGAAGUCUUAUCACCACAUCAGUGGCCUUGUCCCUAAUAAACCGCCUGUGGCUGGGAAUGAGCUUAAAAGACGCCAUUGCUGCUCCUAUAAUCUUUAUCAGUUCAAACAACAAUGUGAAUUUUGAACCAGGAUUCGAUGAGUCCGACAUAAACAGCCUUAGACGUCUUGGACACAAAACAGGGAAUUGGACGUACUUUGUAAAUGUGGUCAACGCCUUGGAGAAGGAGAACGGCUGCAUAGCGGCAGUGUCGGACAGCAGGAAGCUGGGAACGUCAGCUGGAUACUGAUCAUGAGGAUCAAGCCUAACCUUCCACAAAUGUCUUUUAUUGGACUAACUGAGCCUUUAGGAUUCCUGUCAGUGAAUGUGGUGCAGCUCUGAAAAACUGAAUGUGAAUUAAUACUUUUUUUUUUUUAUUUGUCUUUUAGGAAGAAAUAUGAAUGUUCAGAAGUUGAGAUCAUUUUAUCCACCUAACAUGGCGAUACAAUUCCUGGUAAUGAACUCCCCUUUUUUGUUUCAAAAAGGUGACUGAAUGUAGGCGCACAUCCAUAUAAUACUAAUAUAAAACUAAAUAAUACUAUAUAAAACUAAAGAAAAUUAAUCACUACCGUGAACAUAUUUUACAUGAAGACCGAUACACAUAAUAAUGUAAACUGUUCAACCAACACAUUCCUCCGUUUGUUUGGUUUUUUUUUCAUGAUUCCUAGUGCAGCUACAGAACUGUGCAAAAGUUUUAAACCUAUCCAAUAUUUAUAUUUAGCUUUCAAAAUCACAGAUUUCAUUGUGAUGUAGAAUUAGAGUGGAGUGAUACAUCUCCAGACUAUUUUGGGAUAAAUUUAGACACCAAAUUCACUCAUUUACAACUCACUCACUCAGGUGAAGUCUCAGUUCAACAACUUUAUCAAUCGCUAGUAAAAAAUGUUUGAAAGUCAGAGCUAAGAAUCAAAGAUCUGACGCAGAAUGACGUUUCAUUCGUGCCCUCCGGGAGAAAGAUUACCUUAAGUACAGGCCUUUAUGGUAUUUUCUCUGAUUCAAUAGGACAGUGUCUGUUUCAGGUUGCGAGAAACCAAGUGCCAAAAGAAACCAGUUCCAGAUUGUUUUAUUUUGUCUGUCAUAUGAGACAAAACUUGCUCAGUCUAUGAGUUUUGCAAAACAAUGCCAGCAUUCCAAAAGAAAAAGAACAAACUAGUCUGAAAACAAAUGUAGAAAGCAGCCAAAGCCCAAAGAAAUAAACUGAACAAUCUCCACAUUGUCUGAAUCAAGAACAAUUUUUCUCUUUUAAAAGGUCAUUUUUGAAUAAAUGAGGGGUGGUUUGAGACUUUUGCACAGUGUUGCAUCAGAGUUGAAACAGAAAUGUUGAAAUGAAAUUUUCUAAAGAGCACUGCUACCCUUGUUCACAUGAAAUGGGUAUGAAAGUUUCUGAAAGACUGACUCUGCAGUCGACACCGAUCACUUUGCACUGUCUAUUUACUCUGUCUGUUACAUGUAGCAACAUAAAUGUGUUAUUUUUCUAUCUCAACUAAUGGAUUUGUUGGUCCUUGUUACUAAAUAUGAGCCAUUUAACCUCUUGAAAAGGAAAUCAUGAGACACAAAAAACCUUUACUGUGAUUUUUAGCAUCAUACUGUAUAUGAGAGCCUUAUCUUUCUAAUGAUUUAAAUUCAAUGUGCUGUAAAAAACUAUUUUUACUAAACCACUUUUUUACAUGUGCUUUUAUGGACUUGUUCAUGACUGUUCACUGUUUGUGUUUGUUUUUUCACAAUAAAAACUUUCCCUUGA